GUCAAUUUAUUGAAGUGCAUCGUGCAUACAUUUGUUAUUAUCAAAAUUCUGCCUAAAUUUCCACCAUUUUUAUUUCACCUUGUAUAACAAUACAAUAGAAAUUAGAAACGCCUUUGAAAUCCUUGCUUAAACGACAGCUGCAAACUACUCUUUGUGCUGCUGCUAUAGACUUGUGUGUUUUGUUGAUAUUGAAAUUACGCAGCAGAUAACUCUUCCAUUUCGUGUCAAAUAUAUAGACUGUUAAUACUAUGGCUUGCGCUACCCUCAAACGUGCCCUCGACUGGGAAAAUUUAAAUCAAAGACCAGCUAAGAGGCGACGUUGCAAUCCUUUUGGACAAGCAGGCAAUGGAUCGCCCAGCCGUUCAGCUACAUCUCUUUCUGGUGCUGGUUCUAACACAAAUAUGUGCCAUGAAAUUUCACCUGGUGCUUUGGGUCAAUUACCCAAUGGUCGUUUGGCAAAAGAACAUCAAAGUGCAUUUGUAGACGUAACAGUUGAAAAGAUGUCUCCAGAUAAAAUGGCACAAAAUAUUCGUGAUGAAAUUAAAAGACUUCAUAAACGUAAGCAGUUGCCCUUUUCAGCAGCAGCUAUUGAACGAAUGCAGGAUUCAGAAUCAAGUGGUUCUGAAAUGGGUUUAGAUAGUCCUCGCCGCCCGGAUAGUCCACCAAGUAUGUUAAGGAAUCCAGAAAAGGCUUUAUUCAGUUUUAAACAGGUUCAAUUGAUUUGUGAGCGUAUGCUGAAGGAACGUGAGGAUCAGUUACGCGAGAAGUAUGACGUAGUUUUGACUCAAAAAUUAGCUGAACAAUAUGAUGCCUUUGUUAAAUUUACUUAUGAUCAGAUACAAAAGCGUUAUGAAGCAGCGCCAAGCUAUCUUUCAUAAUCGGACCUCAAUGUACUAGUCUCUAGUAAUUUGCAGCGAUAAUAAUAAAAAUUAUCUAUUUUUUUCUAAUAUAAUUUAAACAUUUAACUACCCAACUUCUAGGGUUCAUAUU